AAAGAUGGCAAAAAUGAAUAUUCACUAUACCAGUUAGCAGUCUGGGACCUCCCUUCCUAAGCCUUUUGGGAGAAACCAGGUAAACCUGAGUUUCCCAGAAUCAGAGCUGAUGAUUUGCAUGUCUAAGUCCCCUGAAUGUCACAAGAAGCACAUGUGGGUUUUCAGUCUGUCUCCGAGAAUUUGGUUAUUUGGCAUUGUUUGUAUCUACACCGAGAGGCUGUGUUUUGUACUCACUCUUUGUGAAGAUAUAAUUUACAUGGUCAUCCUCUGGAUUCUCACAGCCACCUUCAGCCUCAUUAAGAGAAGCUGCUAUUCCAAGACAACUGCAAUUUGCAUUUAAGUGCUGCUUUACAAAUAAAAUGACUGCAGGAGCAAAACAGUCUGAAAGCUAAAUGCCAUAUAUCUGAGUUCAAAAUGUACUUAUUUAGAGCAUUAAGGCAAGUGAACAUCCAUUUUAAAGCACUUUUAAGACAACUUUCAUUUCACCUAGGCAAUAUGCAUUGCCCACAUGGAGAUGCAUUUUUACUGCCCUUGAAAACUUGGAAAACCGGAGUGGGUGGAAAGCUGUGCUGUGCCUGAAGAGUGUGUUUCAAUGAUGUACCCACCCGCUGAGAACACAGGGGCCUGAGAGAGCUUUCCUGAACUUCACGAAGGGUGCUGCCCCAUACAAACAUGCUGGAUUUGGGAUAUCCAGGUGUGAAAACCUUUCCUAUUUCACAAGCAGAAUAAAGUCUUGUAUCAGGAUUUCCCCAAACCUAAGAUCGUGCCUAGAUGCUGCGAAGCCAGACGUGGGCUGUUGUCCUCCACCAUGUGCCAGGAGGGGUGGCACCACCGUUAUCAAGGAGGUACCAGACAGUCCACCUGGGAAUCAGAAGGUAAAAGCAGGUUCAUCUGGUGUCCCUUGAAAAUGCCACAUCAAUGUUCAGAGCUUGAAGAGGUGGAAGUAGGAGCUCACUCAGGUCAAAAGCUGGAUGCAAAUGGGCUUCACUUUCCCAUGUCUCUCCCCCAUCUCAGAGAGGGAGGGUGGAGGUUUGUACUGCUGUUGUAUGGGGCUGCAACCUUUUCUGUGAGGUACAUGUGGAUGUGUACCACCAUUGGCUUCUGGAGACUUUGUACUGCUGAGCUGUGACCUGUGAAGGCAUCGCCCAGCAUGCCGAUCGCCCACUUGCUGGAGCUAUGGAAAGGCAUCGAGGUGGAGCCCAUGGAGACGGAGCCUGUGGUGGAAGAUGUUACCCUGGAUGAAGAACCUGUAAAAGAGGAGGAAGGUAUAGUGAAGGAAAUAGACAUCAGUCAUCAUGUGAAGGAAGGUUUUGAAAAAGCAGAUCCUUCUCAGUUUGAGCUACUGAAAGUAUUAGGACAAGGUUCAUAUGGAAAGGUAUUUCUAGUGAGGAAGAUUAAAGGAUCUGAUGCAGGUCAGCUUUAUGCCAUGAAGGUACUUAAGAAAGCAACUCUGAAAGUUCGGGAUCGGGUACGAUCAAAAAUGGAGAGAGAUAUUUUGGCAGAAGUGAAUCAUCCUUUCAUAGUCAAGCUUCAUUAUGCAUUUCAGACAGAGGGGAAGUUGUAUCUAAUACUAGAUUUCCUGCGGGGAGGGGACCUUUUCACAAGACUCUCCAAAGAGGUGAUGUUUACAGAAGAGGAUGUCAAGUUCUACUUAGCUGAGCUGGCCCUGGCUUUAGACCACCUCCAUGGGCUUGGAAUUAUUUACAGGGAUCUGAAACCAGAAAACAUUCUUCUUGAUGAAGAGGGACACAUUAAGAUAACAGAUUUUGGUCUAAGUAAAGAAGCCAUCGACCAUGACAAGAGAGCAUAUUCAUUCUGUGGGACAAUAGAGUAUAUGGCACCAGAGGUGGUCAACCGCCGAGGACACACGCAGAGUGCUGACUGGUGGUCUUUUGGUGUGCUCAUGUUUGAGAUGCUGACAGGAUCGUUACCGUUCCAGGGAAAAGACAGAAAAGAGACAAUGGCUCUUAUUCUCAAAGCCAAGCUGGGAAUGCCACAGUUCUUGAGCAUAGAAGCCCAGAGCCUGCUGCGAGCCCUCUUCAAAAGGAACCCAUCCAACAGAUUAGGUGCUGGAUUCGAUGGAGUGGAAGAAAUUAAACGUCACCCAUUCUUUGUUACUAUAGACUGGAAUAAACUAUACAGGAAAGAAAUCAAGCCACCUUUCAAGCCUGCAGUGGGACGACCAGAAGACACCUUUCAUUUUGAUCCAGAGUUCACAUCUCGGACCCCCACAGAUUCCCCAGGUGUUCCUCCAAGUGCCAAUGCUCAUCAUCUUUUCAGAGGGUUCAGCUUUGUUGCCUCUAACUUGGUGCAGGAGCCUGCACAGCAAGAUGUGCACAAAAUCACUGUUCAUCCAAUUGUGCAGCAAUUACAUGGGAACAAUAUUCACUUUACAGAUGGAUAUGAGAUCAAGGAGGACAUAGGAAUUGGCUCCUAUUCAGUGUGCAAGAGAUGUGUUCAUAAAGCAACAGAAACAGAGUUUGCGGUGAAGAUAAUUGACAAGAGCAAGAGAGACCCCUCUGAAGAAAUUGAGAUUCUCUUGCGAUAUGGACAGCAUCCAAACAUCAUUACUCUUAAAGAUGUCUAUGAUGAUGGGAAAUAUGUGUACCUGGUGAUGGAGCUGAUGAGGGGAGGCGAGCUCCUGGACCGCAUUCUUCGGCAGAAGUGUUUCUCAGAACGAGAGGCCAGCGCCGUGCUGUGCACCAUCACCAGGACUGUGGACUACCUGCACUCCCAGGGCGUGGUGCACCGGGAUUUGAAGCCAAGUAAUAUCCUCUACAUGGAUGAGUCAGGAAACCCAGACUCCAUCAGGAUCUGUGACUUCGGCUUUGCCAAGCAACUGAGAGCGGAGAAUGGGCUGCUCAUGACUCCCUGCUACACCGCCAACUUCGUCGCCCCUGAGGUCCUUAAACGCCAAGGUUACGAUGCAGCCUGUGACAUCUGGAGCCUGGGGAUCCUGUUGUACACCAUGUUGGCAGGGUUCACUCCUUUUGCAAAUGGACCAGAUGAUACCCCAGAGGAGAUUCUGGCCAGGAUUGGCAGUGGCAAAUAUGCACUUACAGGAGGAAACUGGGAUUCAGUAUCUGACACUGCAAAGGACAUUGUGUCUAAGAUGCUUCACGUAGACCCUCAUCAGCGCCUCACAGCAGUUCAAGUGUUAAGACAUCCGUGGAUAGUGAACAGGGAGUACCUGUCUCAGAACCAACUCAGCAGACAGGACGUUCACCUGGUGAAGGGUGCAAUGGCAGCCACUUACUUCGCUUUAAACCGAACACCUCAGGCACCAAGGCUGGAGCCUGUAUUGUCCUCCAAUCUGGCUCAGCGGAGGGGCAUGAAAAGACUUACCUCAACCAGGUUGUAGCAGUACCCCAAGAGGCCUCUUUGGAAACCCACAGUUUAUUAUUCGACAGAUUCAUCUUUACUUGGUUAGAACUUUUUUGGACACCUUGCAUACGAAAUCACCAGAACUAGCAGAAGCCCAGCAUAAGGCAAAGUUUGCCUUUGCUCCAUCAUUUCUUUUACAUUCCAUCCAGGAUCCUGAGUUUAUCAACUUCACGAAGAUGUGCCAACUUUGCUGGUAGCUCUGUUUCCUUACUGAGAUAAAGCCAAAUAAUGUAGACGUGCUCCAUCCUUCCCUCCCUAGGAAAUACUAUUUUUGAGUCUUGAAGAUGUUCCGUGGGAACAUAGUUUUCAUUUUGUUUCUCAAGAAAAGCACUUUUUGUAAUGAAGACGCAGUCAGGUUUGAAUGUUCUCAGCGGUUCCAGCAGGUGUCAUGAUGAAGUGGCUCGGCUGGUCACCCCUAAACACCUACUGAUCUCCACUCGCUCCAGGAAGAGUGAAGGCUGCAGAGACACAUGGAUGAUAUCUUACUUGAAAUAAGCAUUAUUCGACAUGAAGGAGAGUGAGCUGCCAGUGGUGGAAAUACCAUCUGAUUUCAAGAAAUCUUUUGCACUUUGCCCCUGAUCUCUCUGGAAGAAAGUCAGCACUGGUUGAGGAGGAGCGCAUGCCGUGAGCUUGACUUACUUGGAGGCCUGGCCCACCAAGAGCAGAAAGUCUCUGAGAAACUUGGUCCUCUGAGGAGAUUAUGGGGUCUCAUGAGACUGUGGGAGAGCAUUCAUGUAAAACACUGGGAGUAGGAGCCUGUGGGUCAGGGGACACAAGGGUAUCUGGUCUUGGCUAGCAAGGAGGAGACCAGCAGGCAAAGCCACCCACGGCAGCAUGGUGGGGAGCGCUGCCCGAGGGAGCUGGCGUGCAGGUGCUUUGGAGGCAGACUGGGGUUCCCUAUGAGGGAAGGGGAUGGUCCCCCACCUGGGGGUGGUCCAGAAGAGGCUCUGUGGGUGCCUGGGCUGCAGAGGGGCCAGGCAGCUGCCCUCCCAUAGCGAUGAUCCUGCUCCAGGCCUCCUCCGAUGCCCUGCUUCCUGCCCUUCCUGCAGUGUCUGCUUCUGAGGGGCCCAGCUAACUCUGUCACUAGCUUUAAUAACAGUACAUUCUGAGGAGAAACAGGAGGAUGCUGUGCUUUUAUAUUUAUAUAAAUAUAUACGCGUGUAUUUAUAUAUAAAUAUAAAAAAAAAAUCUGUACCUAAUACCUGGAUUUUUCAGGUUCAUGGAAAGAAAACAUGGUUGAAAGGAUCUCAGCAAAAUGGACAUUUUUUUUUUUUCUCAUUCCCUGAGCUAUUUUUUUAUUGUUUUUCUUAUCCAUUGUGGCAUAUGGUGGUCAAGAGCUGACCAGGAUUCUUCUUUGUACUGCAUUUGUUAAUUUUUGUUUUCCAAGUGAAUUUGUCACCUCAGAUGCUUUGUGGGAGAAGUUAAUGUGCUAUGUUGGCUUUUUUUUUCUGUUGUGAAGGGGAAAAAAAAAUGUGAACAUGGAGCUUCGUAUGCUAGAGAUAGCAGUUUUCCUUGCUGGGUAGUUUGUACAUUGUGGUGCCAAACUGGAAUUUCCAGACCAUGGCAUUGGUGUCCAAGGGAACGAGGAGUUGCAUUUGCUAUAGCAAUAUGCUCCCUAAAACAAUCUGUGUUCCAGUGUUGACUGAAUUUUGUUUGUUUGCAUUAGUCUAUUUUUAAAUUUAAAAUUAUUCUUAAUAAUUUAAACCAAUAUUUAAUGUUCAGGUUUAUGUGCUGUGCACACAGGAAUGCUGCAAAGCAGCUCUCCUUGAAGCCCUUCUCUUUUCUAGAAUAAACAAUGCUGUAAAACUUCACAGAGAGGAUGAAUUGGCUUGAAUUGGAGUGUGUGAACAUGCGCAGGUGUGUCUAUGUUUAUCUACAUAGCAGCAGAGAAUAAUAUACCUUAACUGGCUAAGCUACUCUGGCUAAGCUGUGCUCAGUAUCAGCUUUUUGCUGCCUUUACACUUUUUCUCUCUCUGGAAGCUAAUUAAGUCCCAUGUACUUCUGUUGUCAGUACACUGAGAUGUGAGUCUGCAGGUAGGGGAUGUCCUGGCUCGUGCAAAAAUGCUCUGGCGAGGUCCCUGGGAGUGACUUCUGUCCCAGAGGAAGGCAAGAUGAGCACAAGGAUGCUAAGGGCAAUCUGGAGGGAGGGCUGGAUGUUCUGGUGUCCCAGUUGAUUUGUGCUAUUUCAACAAAAUGUCUUUUUAAUGUGUAAUUGUAUGUGGGCAGAAAGAGUGCUGUAAAUAUUAGGUACAGUUUUUGUCUCCCCUGGAGAUUUCCUGGUCAUCUUUCAUUGGUUCAGUUUGCUUUCUCUUCACAGCCAUUGGAAACAGUUUGAUCCCCUCUUGAUAUACAUUCAGUCUUAGGUUUUUGAGCAUUUUUUUUUAAUGUGAAUAUUGUUGUAAGCCAAGCUUACUGGAUGCGGGUCUUCCAGAAACUUGAUGGUUUGAAUCUGUUCCUCGUCUAGCUCUUCAAACUCACCAUCUAUAUCCCUAUUAAUCAUACAAGGUUUGGGAUGUGUACUGAUUGGUAUAUUUGAUUAUCAUUGAUUAUUUUCCUUUAAAGGCCCAUAAAUUACAUAUAAUGGUUUUUGAUUACCAAGUUUUUUUGUUGCCAGUACAUCCAGAUGUAUGCACGUGUCUGUGUCCAUGCAAAUACGCUAUCUCAGCUUGUCCAAAUUAGAAGGAUAUCAGUGUAGUCAGUGCUUGAAGUGAUACUCAGAGGAGUUGGGUCUGUGGUGUUCUUGAAAAUCUGACACUGGUAACAGUAGUAGUUGCUCUGGGUGUGGACAGGCACGUGGCUUAGAAAGCAGUUCUGCCCAUGGAUGAAGUUGUCAUGUGGGACCUCCCCUCCACCCCAGCUAUGUAUCCUUGUGCAUACCACAGCAGAUCACCCACCGCACAGGCUUGCUACUGGAGAUACUCUUGCGAUGAUUUUUCUGAUCUGUUUCAGUCAAAAUGAACCCAAUUAAUCCAUUUCCAUAGUUGAUCUGGCUGAUGCAACUCACUUGGACUGAAAUACAAGAGUCUCUGUCAGCAAAUUGAAGGCACAGCCACUCCUGCUGGUUUGCAUUCAUUAUUUCAGACUGAUAGCAGCUGCCACUUCCCCCAGCCCAGCUGCAUCCAGGGGAAGAUGCAUGACCAUGGCCUAACUGCUGCUCUGCCUGCUUUAUACCAGCAUCUCCUUUCCACGCGCCUUGCUACACGACAGCUCAGCAAUAAGCAUUUAUUCUUUCUAGGAGAAAACUUAACUGAAAAAGGCUUAGCCUCUCUCUCUCUCUCUAUAUAUAUAUAUAUAUUUAAUCUUAAGGAACUUUACUGAAUGCUGUGCUUAACUCCUGAAAGUCUAAAAAUUUCUUUGAAUUAUUUUUUUUUCUCUUUGAUAAUACCAUCUUGCAGGUUAUUAGUCCACAAAGCGACCUAGUGCCUUAGGCUAUUAUUAAUAGUACAGUUCAAUUUUCAAACCAUCAAAGUGCAUAAAGCAGUGACAGUCCAAGGCAUCCUCACUGUCUGUCACAGUCAGCUGAGUAGCUGACUGUUUAGAUAGACAGAAUUUAUAAAGCCUGACAUUUUCAUCAGAACACAAAUAACCCCACAGACACUUUGUAAUCAAUCCCUGCAUCUGAAAGAAAAAGAAAAAAAAAAAAAGGAAAAAAAAAAGACCAUGUAACAAUAAAUUUUCAUUUGCUUCUGAAGAAAACCAGCAUGAACAGUUCCCCACCCCCUCUCCCCGGGCAUGGGGCUGACCCAGGCACAGGCUGCUGGGAGGAUCAGAGUGUGUCGCGCUUCUCUAAAGCACGGAUCGUGUGUCCCUGAGCUGCACCUAGCCUUGUGUGCAGCACCAGAGCUGUUUUCAGCCAGACUUAUGGCUGAACAAGUUUUGGACAGAGUUUGAAAUGGAUAAUAAAUCUGUUGGCCUAAAGGGUAGAUCAGACUCUAUUAUGAAUCAACACGUGAAUCUUUAAGGCACAGAGAAAGGACACAAAUCUGUUUGCCUGGGUAGCGCUGAGCCACAGCACAAGAACUGAAAACUCGUACCAGGCACUGGUACAGCUCAGCAAAGGCAGUUGCUGUGUGUCUGACAUGACUUAUGGCCAGGCUCGGAUCAUCCCCUAAACCACUCCUGUGUGCACUUUUGCGUGCCACAAGGUUUUCUUACGCCACUCGUCCCUUGAGCUGCAGCCAGCGUGUGCCAGUGCUGAGGCUAAAAAAAGCCAGUUACUCUCUCUUGACCUUAGAUGCUUUCUGUGCUUUCCCACCUCCCUUACCCAGGUCACAGUGGGGCAAAGCAAAUGUGUCUGAACAAGUGGCUGGGGACAGCAGCAAGGCAGCAGCAUCUUCUCUGACGGCAGCGCUGUGAGCAUGCUGCUGGGUCACAGCUCGGGUGCCACCCACCUCCCUCUGCCUUAUGCUGAGCCAGGCUCAGGUGUCACCGUUUUUUUGUAGGGAAAUGGGUUAGCUAAGCCAGGCUGUGCACACAGAGGUAGAAGGCCAACUGAGGCCUCGAAGUUCACCACAAGUUCACAUAAGCUGCCUGUAAUCGGGAGGUGUGGGCUUACAGAUGGCAUGCCAUGGGGAGACAGUGCUGACUGUGUAUUUUGGCCACAGGUGAGCUUAUAAAGAAGAUAGUAAAAAUCCUGGCAUCUGUCUAUAAAUAAUCCAUUUUUACAGAGGAAAUCACCAAUUUUCUGGAGUGUGAUGGCACUCUAGAUCCCUCACAAGAGGAAGGCAGAUAAACAUGGAAGUUAAAAUGGAUUACUGAAAAGGAGGUAUCUUAGCUUCCACAACAAAACAAUUUUUUUUUUUUUGAAGCUGUAUGUUAAGAUGUUUGUAGCAAAAUUGCCAAAGCAGACAAUUUGAAGCAAAAUUCCUUCUCUGAACAUCUGCAGACUUCUCCUUUAAACAGAAGCCAAGUGAGAUCCAGGGUCACGCAUCUGAAUCCUGACAGACACACACAGCACAACUGGGCCAAAGAUCUUUUAGAUUCAAAUAAAAAGGUUUAAAAUAAUGCCAAUCAGGUGUUUUAAUAUAGUUCAUAAUAAAGGAAAAUGUGCAUACUCAUUUUCUUUCCUCCAUUUUCAAGUACACAUCAAAAUACUACAGAAGUGUGUACCCUUACAUGCCAGCCGACCUUGCUCCAACAGCUCUGUGCUGCCCCAAGGUGUUGGGGUUUGGCUGCCCCUUCCACAGCUGCCCAUAACAGGCACAAGUAAAAAUCACACAUCCGUCAGAGUCUGAGAGCAAAACUUUGAGUAUUUUUACUCAGAAAAUUAAGGUAAAAGUAAGGCUCUCGCUAUGUACAUAAAAAAAAUCCUCAGUGUUUAGGUGAAGGGUGGGUGGAAGCCUGUGGAGAACAAGAAUGGUACGGAGAAAAUAAAGUCAUGUUUGUUCUUACAGCCAAAUUUUAGCCAAAACCAGUUUGUGAGUUUUGUGAGCCUCGGCCUAGCAUCUCCACAUGCAAGUGGGUGACCACACACAUGAGUCAGCCAGCUAACCAGGCAUCUGAUCGUGCAUGUAAGUGCUGGCUUGCACGUGUAGAGGUUUUGCAGCCUAAAGUACAGAGUUUUGUCGUGUUGUAUCCACCUGUGUUGUGUUAACCAUGAUGUUCAGUGUUGAAGUGUACAACCACCCAUUCUUGGCUAAGUAUAAGCAGUUGCAGAUUUAGUUUGUGCUCCACUGUCUCAUAAAUGGAUGUGACGGUCAUAAUUUUCAGACAUCAUAGACUGAAAGGCAAAGGGGGAAAAUUCCCCUUUUGGAUAAAGGGGAAUUUUGAAGGGGGAGUCUGGACAUAAGCAUUUGGAAGCACAGAAAAUGAAAACCAAUUGCAAAAAGAUUGUUUCUGAUUUGUUCCUUGUAGCCAAAUCUUGCCUCCCUUAUUCUUGUUGUAUGUGUACCUUAUUCUGUACGCGGCUCUGGUGCGACCCAGGGUCAGCUCAGAGCAGGGUCCUCCUGGUGUCACAGCAGUGGAGCCUGGCCAUUAGGCGAUGAUGUGUGCAAGGGGUUUACUUGGGCAGUAUUAAAUGAAUCUGUCAAAUUACGAACCAUCAUCUAGCACUUUGUUUACAGGCUCCAUAUUCAUGUUUACAAUGAUUUCUGAGGCUCACACUUUUUACGUUUCCUGUAUGAAAAGGGCAGCCAGUGUACAGAUAUUUAUUAUGUUUACCAGCGUUUCCGAAUAGAUUUUUUUUAUAGUACAUGGUUUUAUGAAGUGUAAUAUUUUUAUAGCAGAACGAUGACCUUUGGACUUUCUAUAUUGUUACAUACAACUGUUUGCAAAUAAGCUCUUUGCUCCCCUCUCUCUGUGCACUGUGUCCCGUGUUGCUGCUGCUACUGUUGCUGGCCUCAGCUGCUGCUGCCCUGCGGUGCUGUGGGCUGACGGUGUUGUGAAACUGUGCGAGCUGAGCUGACUGCCAGGAGCUGUGACUGUGCCGAAGGGCUGGCUGCCUGCUGGGAUCCCGGCAGGAGGAUGGGGAGCUGGGCUGUACCAGGGCAAGGGCUGGCUGUGGGUGGCCCUGAGGGGAAGCCUCAGUGCUCACCUUUGUCUGUAUUCUGCUGUUCUGGCUUGGCAUGCCCGUCCUUUCCUUUCUUUAUAAAGAAAUAAAAAAAAUAAUAAUAAAAAAAAAAAAAA